GGUCGAGCGGGGUCAGUAGCAUGAGCGCAAAAGCAGCCGCAACAAGGAAGCGCUGGCAACGCGCAGCAACAUCGCAACGGCAGGCCAACGGUUUCGGCAUGUGUUUCGGCGUCGGUGUUUUUUGUCAUCGGCAGCGGGGCCAUGAAAGCGUUGGCGACGUCCGUUAGUGCGCGCGUAGAGUUGUGAGCAUCCCUUUUUCAAUUGUUGCAUUGUGCUGCUGAUAAAAUGGGGAAAAAACGAUUGGCUAUCACUUAUCCAGGGUAUGAGCCAGAGUACGCUCGUUCAAACUCGGUGCCAAAAAAGCGCUUGGCGAUUACUGAUACCGGACACGAGCGGAAUGGAAAGCUGAUGACGAAGAAAUGCUCCCGAGAUAUCUACCGCCAUAGAGAAACAGCGUCAUCAUCGGAAUGUUUAGACAGACAGUGGAUCUGUAUGAACAGUUUUUGGCAGGCCAAGUGGAGUACGAUUCCGAAAAGAUUCGUCACGCGCUACAUACCCGUCGUCUGGUCGUUCCUACAAGCCUGCGUCUCGCUAGGUUGCCUUUUCCUGGUGUUCCUCUUCUUUCACCCGCAAUGCCUCGACUCCAGUGAGCUGCAGGUGGAGGCACUUAACCUCACACUUCAGCAGCAUCUUGUUGGCCAGAAUAUUGCCAUAAACCGGACAGUGACUGCCAUAGCACGCUAUUUGAAUAGCAGUGAAUCUGCAGCAUCAGUUCCACUUGUGCUUGUGUACGUUGGCUGCUCCGGGUGUGGAAAGACAUACGCACUGUCACUAAUAGCCAAGCACUAUCCACAUACUGAGGCUCUGGUUGCAUCGCACAAGAUAGCACUUGCACGCAAAACAGGAAACGACCUGUUACACUGGCUGCGGUACUCCUUGUCAUCAUGGCGGCCAAACCUUAUUGUCAUCGAUGAUGUCGACCUUGGGCUUGACACAGUGCGGCCUAGUCCACUGGAUGAUUCAUUCAGCACACAGCUGGAGGCUGUUCUUUCAACUUGGGAAAAGGCAAGAGUGCAGAGAGGUCAAGCAGUGAUCUUCGUUCUGUCACUGAGUGGCGGAGGUAAUGUGGCAGAGGGCUUUGCGUUGAAGCAGAUUGCUGAUGUGCGCAAGCAGGAAACUGCAGAAGACAUUGAAAAGCUUAUUGAGGCAUAUCGUGGCAUGUUUCCGCCGUGGUUAAGAAAUGCAGAAAUUGUGCCUUUUUUGCCCCUGACCAAGGCUCAUGUAAAAGAAUGCCUACUGAGGCAACUGGCAGAGCAAACACCAAAAUCCCGAACCAAAGUACUGGCACUCUCUGGUGGUGUUGACAGUCUAUUGGAAGGAUUUACGUUGUACCCAGUGGACAAUCCUGUCUUCUCAAAAUCCGGUUGCAAGGAAGUGCCUAUCAAGAUUGCUUUGGGUGUACUCUGAAAACUUGACUGUAGCAGGAAUGCUAUGCUGUCAGUGAAUGAUAUGAACAGGGAAUGUGCUCAAAGAAAUGCUUGGUGGCAAGUUACUGCAUUUUGAGCAUUCUUGACUGUGAUAAGGGAAAACGGUUGUAGUAGGCCAAAGGUGUACUUUAUUCAUGGUGCCAGUUGCAGCACCACUCUUAUUUCUAUUAUUUUGGUUGUACAAUAGGUCAAUAGAAGGUACAAUAGAAUUUGCACUGCAGAUUACAGUGCGAAUUCUUACAGGAAACAUUUUUUUUUUAUGCAGAAGUUGAAUUUUAUUCAACUGUUUCUUUUAAAAAAAAAUGGAUUAAGUAUGCACCAGAAACAAAUUUUAUGUGCGAUCUUUUACUAAUAAAUUGCUCUGUACACUGGGCAACAAAUGAAAUGUGAGAAUAGGGUCUUGGGAACACUGUUGUGUGUUGGUACACUGGGAGACCUUUCAUGCAUCAGUAGUUCAAGGCAAAACAGGGGAGAGUGCCUAUACUAAUGCAUAUGUUUAAUUACGAUGCUUUUAUUUUUCAUGUCCAUGAUGGCAAAACUGGAUGGAUGCUCAAAUUAAAAGCAAAUAUUCAAUGUCUGCAAAAACAAACUAUCAUAUACUUAUAAAAAAAAACUGAGCUCAAAAUAGACCGGCCAGUGUUCGUUCAAAUGUAAUGUAAAUACUAUAAUUUACAAUAUAAAUGACCGUUCGCUAGCACUAUAGACUAGUUAUAGACUAGUUCAAUGUCACUUGCACCACUGUUCAAGUUCUGCAUCUGUUGCUGUUAUUGCACUAUAACAAAGUUACAUGUUCCUCUUAGCCUCCUAUCGAGGCCACUUCAUCAUUAGGGCAGUUUGUAUCGGUGUUCUGUGAUUAGGGUCUGUGGGACCUCUAAAUUUCUUAAUCGAACUCUGGCACCGAGACUAUAAGCAGCAAGGCAGCCAGAAAAUUUGAGCAGAUAUGUCUUAGGAUAAGGGUGGGGUUAGUACACAAACAUUACUUGGUGUCCCAGCUAACGCAGAGUAAGUGCAAAAAGUCAUGAAAAAGGAAACCUGUGUUUGUGCUUAAAGGGUCACUAAGGGCAAAUACUAAGUCAGGCUAAAGUGAUAGAUAAGUGCUCGAGAAUCUCUAACACGUCAAUAUUAUCGCGAACAGAGCCUUAAUAAUUGAAAAAUAUAGAUAAAUGCUGGACAUGAGUAGAGACUCCCCAGGACAUUCAAGCACUUGCCCAAUGACAAAAGCACUCAUCAGUUAAAUUCUGUUACUAGUACUCAACUAUUCGUUGCAAAAACAUCCUUGUAUUGUUUUAUAAUAUGAAAUAAAAUGCUACUUGUGCAGUUCCA